GAGAGUCGAUGUCUGCAGCGAUGACAGCGGCCGUGGUCGGGCAUGGCCCGGGAGGGCCCGGCUCUGAGUGGGAGUCUCUUCUGUUCAGUGAACUCAGCGACCUGAUAGGAGAGGAUGAGCUUCAGCUAGAUGUCGAGAAUGACACUUAUGAUAACAAUCUGUGUGACCUCGACUUUGACUUGGAUCUGAUGCCUUGGAACUUGGAACCCUGGGAUAAUACAAAGCAGAUCCCCACAGAUGUGGACUGGAAGGUGGAGCCACUCUCGCCAGCCCCUUCGACAUGUUCCGUUCCUUCUCCUUCAUCUGUGGAUUCUCCAGGACAGCAUGUGCCGGAAGGUGUAGAUUUGACCUCCACUCCUCACCUGUCUCCUGUUUCAUUGUAUGAAAAGGGCUCUCAAAGUUCCCCUUCUCCUGUAGAACGGAAGGAGAAGAAGCCCCCAUCCAAAACCAUCCACCGCUCAGCAAAUGGAUCUUCAGCGACACCGAGCCGGUGCAGUUCAGCAGCCUCCAAACCUUCAAUCCAGCCUAAGAUUCUCUUGCCUGCCUUCCGGGAGGCGCGGCACAGCCUUGGCAUCCAGGCGAAAACCAUCGUCCUCCCAGCGCUGCCAGCACUUCUGACGCUGCCAAAGCAGUCGCCUGUUGUUGCAAUUCAGCCGGCGCCACACACAGGUCAGCCAGUAGUGCUUUCACAGCCCGCUGUGGUGCAACUCCAAGCUCCGAGCAUCCUUCCUUCCGCUAACCCAGUCAUUGCAGUCACUGGUGGAGUCACGUCACUGCCUGGUCACCCCGUCAGUGUCCUGCCACGCACUGUGGGAAACAGCUUGGCCCCUGGAAACCCAGUGGAAGCGAAACCUGCCAUUCGUGCCACAGCUCAAAACACAAGCACAGAUGUGAACGUUCUGAGACGGCAGCAGCGCAUGAUAAAAAACCGGGAAUCGGCCUGUCAGUCGCGCCGGAAGAAAAAAGAAUACCUGCUGGGCUUGGAGGAGAGGCUGAAGUCAGCCUUGCUGGAGAACGAUCGCCUCAGGAGAGAGAACGGCACCCUAAAGAGGCAGCUGGGUGACUUGGCAGUGGAGAACCAGAGUCUCAAAGCCUCACCUCCGAAGAGAAGAGCUCUCUGCGUGAUGGUGCUGCUAGCUUUCGUAAUGCUGAAUUACGACAGACUAAGUGGGUUCGAGUGGGGUUUCAACUCGGCUGGGUCUCGAGCCGGCUCUUCUCACCAGAGCAGGCAUCUUCUGGAAUUCUCAGCAAGUUUACAUCAGGACCCAGGUGGCGGGAAGAACGAUGGGUAUAAGCGUUCGGUUUCAGAUAACAAAGCGUUGAUGGUCGUGACCGAGGAGCCGAUAAUAUACAUUUCUCCUCCACCCUGCCAGCCGUCCAUCAACCGCACAGAGUCCCUCAGGUUAAGUCAUGAGCUGCGAGGCUGGGUUCACAGACAUGAAGCUGAAAGGACGAGAUCGAGGAAGGUGUCCAGUAGCCAGCAGCAGAAAGCUCCAGCCAUUCAGAACUCUUUAGGACAAAAUGCAAACUCUGAACUGAUGGCUAUUCCCUACUUCCAAUGUUGUCUUCCAAUAUAUUUCAGCAAGAACUCUGGGAACGAACUGCAGGUUUAUUACACUUCACCACGGAAUUACCAAGACUUCUUUGAUGAAAUUCACAGGAGGGGAGAUACAUUUUAUGUGGUAUCAUUCCGUAGGGAUCAUCUGUUGCUGCCAGCCACAACACACAAUAAGACCAGGCGGCCCAAGAUGUCCAUCGUGUUGCCAGCAAUAAACAUCAGUGAGAAAAUAAUUAACGGCCAAGACUAUGAAGUCAUGAUGCAGAUCGACUGCGAAGUGAUGGACACCAGGAUCUUGCACAUCAAAAGCUCCUCCAUCCCUCCUUACCUGCGAGAACAGCAGAGGAACCAAACGACAUCCUUCUAUAGCUCGCCUCCCACUGUCCCAGAGGCAGCCCCUGCAGUGAGAACAAUCGUGGAGUCGCCACAGUAGAAGGCCCAAGUUGGACAGUGCCCCAGAGGGACAAACUCACUCACUCCGACCCUCGUGGGUUUGCUUAUGGUAGCUUCUGGACUCGGACAAGGGCUUCCCCGUCUCAGUCAACCUGAAGUCCCUGGAUAUACCCUAACCCAGCCCUUCCAAAUGGCCUCCUGCCGCCAAUGUUGUGGUUGCUUUCUUGAUAACGUGUGCCUCUCCUGCAGCGUGUGGAGUACUUUACAAUCCUUCCGCAGUCUUAAGCCUGCGGGGUGGCCGCUCAUCUGUUUCAUCUUACCAAUGGGGGAAAGCAGUCUAAGUGGUUCUUGUGGAUCCAGGGAGGAAUAAAAAAAUCAGGGUCUCCCCAAAUGCUCUCAGCUGGAUCAUUGGCUUGCAGUGUCUGUGUCACUAUUUCAUUUAACUGCAGGACAAACUGCUACAUCCUGAGGAGUCUUCCUCAGCAAGCGGUUCAUUGCAUACCAAAUGCCCACGUGUCGCACAUUUGACUGCACACAAUCCGGGAUGUUUGCCCAUCUCUGAAAUUCGUAAUAUAGGAUUACUGAGAACAUGCAUGCACACACGCCCCUAGCCACUGGGACCAUAGAAGUUUGGAGGGGGUAAAGUGACAGCCACAGGGGAGGAGGCGCCGCAUUGCAACUCUUAAGCCUGGCCUGCCAAGAGGGAGCUCAAAGAGGCUGGUCUGAAGGAAAUGCUGAAAUGCCAGUUUCUCCAGAGGCCGCUAGAUUUUGGCUACAGCUGAACACAAUGGUGCCCAGACCAAAGGAGAGCUUUGCCAGAGUUCGGCUUCAGAACGCUCCGUUGCAGCUCCCUUGGGCGUGUUUUUCCCCCUUAUCAGCCAGCCUUUUUUUUAUAGGGUAGGACAGCAGCAUCUUUUCUCUCCUUCACAUGACACACAAGCUGGAAACUUGUCACAUUUAAAUUAGGACAUGGAAGGCUGUCCCAGAAAUGGCAACAUGUAGUAAGAACAUUCCCAGAAAUGAUAGGAUGAGUUAAUGGCUUGGGAGUUUUUACAAAAGGGGGAAUCAAAGCAAAAGUGUGUGUGUGUGUGUGUGUUCAUUUCUUUCUAUCGUCUUUAUUUCCAUGAAAGGAGCAAAUAUAUCUGCCUUCCUCGGAAGGCCAGGCAGCUGCAAGGGGCAAGGGCCCAUCUUUGUUCGCCUGGUCAUGGGCAGUGCUCUGUAACUGAUAUUUGACCCAGCUCUCGGCCAUAAUGUUGGGCCAGGGUCAAGUUCUGUCUUUUCAAAGGCCUGUCCUGCCAAUGUACCCCCAGCCCCCUUCUGCGUGGCUUGGAUCCUUCCCCUGACUUCUUUCCUUGAGCUUUGGGUUUUCAGAGAUGGAGGGAUCCUGCUGUUAUUUUUCCAUGUCGAGGAAACUUGCCUUGGCUCCUAGUGGGAGUUGAAUAACAUUUCAUAAACAUUCUUUUUAUUAAGGAAGGCGUUGUUCAACUUGGAGGCCAAAGUUCCUUUGUGCCCUGAUUUUUAUGGGGGGGGGGGGAAGGGGGGUAGAGUGUUAUCCCACGAUUAGCUGUUCCCUGUAGACAGCCAUGUUCUGUGCAACUCGAUCGUGGUGGAAACAAACAGAGACAUUCUUGGAAGGCUGCUUUUGGAAACAAUGUGCAAAGCCGCCUUGAAAAAAAGCGAGGGCACAAGCCAGGGGGAAGGUCACCGCACUCGGUCUCCUGUAGGACUUUGGCAGUUGGGCCUUUCCUCGGGGGAAAAUCUCUCGGUUUACCCAGCCCUGGGGCGCAGGGAAGGGCCAGGCAAGUAGUCAGCAAGUGAGAAAUGAGCAUCUGCGGUUCCGCUGUCAGGUAUGCCAGCAGCUGCCAGGGUAAGGCUGAGAGCUGAAGGGCGUGUCACCACUGCCAUGCCGAUCUUGUAGCCCUACCAAGCACAUCUAAAGGCUGUGGCCCUCUAUUUUCCCAGUGCCACCCGUUGUCCUCCUGUUCUCCUCCAGUCCUUCUGCUACACUGCCUGUUGACAGCCGUCCAGCGCCCAGCCAGGCUUGCUUUU